AUGCUAUCCCUUUCUAGUGCAGCUGAGAUGCUUUCGUAUCUCUGCGUAUGCAUCCGGUCCGUAUUUGCCUGGAACACUCUGCCUUCUUGUCUUUUCCAAAUUUAUAUUUUUUUCACGUGUGCAGAAUUCGAACGCGAGGAACGCGGUGGCGGUGGUGGAUACGAUGCAUCUUUUAUCGUUGAAGCCCAAAGGUCUCCACCACCACUCUUCGCAAAGAAGUUUCAUAGUAUGAUGCGUCCGAAAUCCGCGAGACUUUGUUCCGACCGGAAGAAUCGCGACCUUUGGAACCGAAACCCAAAGGAAAGCGGAGACGAAAGUAAGCUUCCAGGAUUUCAGCCAGUAGCUUGCCAGAGCGAAGCGACGUCAGAUACCGUCUUUCAGUUCAUAUCCAACGGUAUCCUAUCGCAACGUCCAUUUCUUUUAGUCUUUGGGACAGCGCCCACCUAUUCUGUCAGACGUCAGAUUCACCCAUCCAUGGUCAAGACCCCAGUGUCUGUCACUCCAAUGACCGCACACUUCUUCUUAUCCCAUUUAAUGGCUGACCCCAAGGUUACAUCUCGCCUCUGCUUGUUCUCGUCAACUCCCUCGUCCUCGCAUCCUUCACUUCAUAUUGACAUGCAUGUAAUCAAUCCGGAUGGAGUCGCUUCUGGAAGCCUGGCCACGUGGAUAACCGCCAUCAGACCCCAGGACGAACAAUUUGGAGGUGGGCCCUUGGCUACCUCAUCUCGGGUUUCACACUGUCCAUCGGCAGAUGCAAGCCUAGAGCGGAUCUGUUGGCUUCCGCUUUCUAACGGACUUCAUUCACGAGAAACCCUAGAGAAGCAGUAUAUCCAGCUGCAGAUACGCUCUUGGAAAUGCUUGAGACGGAAGAUUCUAAAUGAAAAGUCCGCACUCAGCUCUUCAGGGUUGCGGGGCUCGCUUCUCCUUUACACUGCACGUGGGUUGCCGAUACCGAACACGAAAUUCCCGUGGAAAGAUUCCAGUAAAGAAACAUCAGGUAAGAAUCGGGACAUGCGAGCCGGUGGCGACCACGUGUGUGUAAGCCACAUAUCCCAGGUACAGCUCCCUGAAAGAUCAGGCCGUGUAGGUAUCAGUGGUGUGGCGUUCAGCGUAAUACCGAAGGCUAGGUUUCCACCUGCAAGCCUCCUUCUAUCGAUGUUUUGGGUUUCCAGGCUUGAGGCACUGAAUGUCGACGUAGAUGCUGUCUGGAUUCAUGAAGGGGGCUGUCUGAUAUUCCACAUCACCCUCACUGUGUUGAGCGGGGCCGUCAGGGUGAGGAAGGCAAAGGCAGCCACAACUGGUCAGCUCGACCGCACUUUAUCGUAUCGAUACUCCACGUCGCCGUGUUCUUUCCUUUGGAAUGUGAAUGCCUUCUAUCCACCGCCCUUCCUCCUUUCCUCUACAUCAGCUCGGCCCGCAAACCCCGGCAUCUCCUCCUUAGACUCACCGCCGAUGCUCACGACCCGCAUCUUUGUGACUAUCCUCCUAAUCAAUGACCCCAAUAUAUGUUUAGCACGUAUGCAGUGGCCGGUGAAUUUCGAAACGCCUAUUCAACGAAGAUUUUUGCGAAACGGCCGUUCCAUUACUUUGAUCAAGGGUUCCAUAGUCCAUUUUGUGCCUAGAGAGCCGAAGUCGCUAGUCUCCCAAGAGAGACCUGGCUACUCAAUCUGUUGUUCCAUGUUGGAUAAGGGACAUAGAGGAAUAGAAGAAAUGGAGGCGAAGAAUUCUUCAAACGAAACCCCUGAAAACCCUGUGGAAUAUGAACUCAACCUACUUUCAUUAUGA